AUGGGAUCAUGUUGGACGUAUGGAACUUUUAACUUUGUAGAUUGUUGGUUCUUCAGAUUCGAUCACAAGGCCACAGAAAUGCCCCGAAGCCCCCGGCGUUGGACCCCUGAAGAAGACCGUGUGCUACUUGACAAGGUCAAGCAACUAUUUACCGACGGCGCCAAGAACGAUACGACUAUCAGCUGGGCUACCGUGGCCAACGCCCUUCCUGACCGCAACAACAAGGACUGCCGAAAGCGCUGGUCCAAGAUAACUGGAGCCAAGAAGGGUUCGUGGUCUUUUAGUGAGGACGAGCAACUCUUGGAAGGUGUGCAGAAGUUCGGCCGCCAAUGGGCUAUGGUUGCAAAAGGUGUUGAAACGAGGAGUGCGGAUCAGUGCGCCAAGCGUUGGCAACAUUGUCUAGACCCCUCUCUAGAUCGCAGCGAGUGGACAGGUGACCAGGAUGCACGAUUAGUUGCCGCGGUGCGACGUUACAGCACCAAUUGGAAGGACAUCAAGAAGUUUGAGUUCCCCAAGCGUUCGACGACGAAUUUGAAGAACAGACAUAUUGCCCUAUUCCGGCAGAGGAAUAAGGCACCUGGUGCUUGCUCCAGUACAACCGAAACGUUAGACCAGGGCAUCGACUGGUCGUUGGUCGAGCAGGGGGUGUUUGAUGGCGUGAGCAUGGAUGCGAGCGAGGACGGUGACGACGUGGAAGACGACCAGAGCCCUGAUUCAUACCCUUCAAUUUCGACAUCCCCUUUUGACGACAUACUGGGCGGUACCCCAUCUGGUCCUCCAGCAACGGACAUGAUGACUAUAGACAGUUCAGAUCCCUACCAACAUCUGCUAGACUGGACAGUUCCCUCAUAUGCGGAUCUUGUUCAGUCUGCAACUUCAUAUUAUCCUGCCUUGGACGGCUUCCUUGGAUCGACAUAUGACCAUAGCGCCAACAUCGACCCGGCCCUUGGAAGGGACGCCAAUGGUGACAAUUUCAUACCAGGCUUUCCCACGCAAACGCCAUCGCAAUUUGAGAGCAUCGAUGUCUCUCGGAUCUCAGAUGGCAUUGGAUCAGGAGAGCCUUCACGUCAAGGGGCAAGCCGAGAACGCCGUGCAGCGAGCAACGUUGCUAGCGGCCCACAGAUGACUCUUACUAUCGACAACCCUAAUCCCCAGACGAUGACUAGCAUACUGGAGGUCUUGGCAAAGGCAAAUAGUAAGGUGACGAUAUCUAUGAACCGUGAUUAG